GAAUUUCCUUCUUCAUAUAUUCCAGGCAUGGAACAUGGAUUGAUGGAAGAAACUUUAGUCUUAUCAUAGUGACAGUCGUGAUAUUUAUUGUCUGUUCAUUUCACAAGGUUGGUCGAGUCAUUUUGUGAAGAAAAAAAAGCAGAAUGGGGAGCCGAUUGCCACCAAUGCCAAGGAUAUCUGAAAUCGUAAAACUCUACAGACUUAGUGCAACAAAGAAGCUUUCUCAAAACUUUCUCCUUGACAUGAAUGUGUGUCAUAAGUUUGUGAACUGCAUCUCAGUGACAAAAGGAUCACAUAUCUGUGAAGUGGGGCCUGGACCAGGGGGAAUAACUAGGGCAUUACUAGAGAGUGAUGCAGAAAAAGUUCAUGUGAUUGAAAAAGACAAGAGAUUUUUGCCACCUUUGGAGGCUUUAAGAGCAGCAUCUGGAGGCAGAUUAGAUGUGCAUCUUGGAGAUGCAAAAUAUUUUGACAUGCACAGUUUGUUUCCACCUUAUUGUGCAAGGCCAUGGCAAAAAAUGACCCCCAAAGUGAACAUAGUUGGAAAUUUGCCAUUCAAUGUGUCUCUUGGACUUUUAUUAAAAUGGCUGGAACAGAUUUCCAAGAAAAGUGGACCUUGGCAACUUGGACGUGUGCCGUUGACUCUUACUUUUCAACAUGAGGUGGCAGAGAGAAUUCUAGCAGAUGUAGAUUCUGAACACAGAUGUAGACUUUCAAUCAUGAGUCAGUAUUUGUGUAAAAUAAAAUACAGAUAUCAUAUACCUGGGAAAGUUUUUGUGCCAGCACCAAAAGUACAUGCGGCAGUUUUAUACAUAGAACCAUUAAAUACUCCCCUGAUAGACCAACCAUUUUCAUUGGUUGAGAAAGUUGUAUCUACAAUAUUUCAUUACAGACAAAAGCAUAUCAAGAGGGGAGCACAAGAUCUGUUCCCGCCAAUUAUGUCAAACUUAGUGGAUGACUUUUUCAAAAUUUCACGUGUGGAUCCCACAAAGCAGUCAUUCCGACUUUCUAUGGAGGAGUGGAGGGAAUUAUGUUAUGCAUAUGAACAGUUGUGUCUUCUAAACCCAGGACUUAUUGACUAUAACUACAGAGAACCAAGAGCGAAACACAUGCUUACAACAUCACCUCUUGUCAGAACUUCAAAUCUGAAUGAAUUACAAUAAAUUAUAAAAAUCUGA